AUGAUGAACUCCACAUCUAUUUUCACCUACCGGUUAUGCAAAGGAGAUGGCGGGAAUUCCCUGAUAAAUUUGAGCGAUCAACGUGGAAAGCAGGUGGUUAAAGGACGUCCCUCCCGCCAGUUGAACUUGCCAUGGGUUUGGUCAACAGGUUCACCUGAAGGCCUCGAAAACGACGAUUUACUGCCUGUCGAGCCAGAGAAACGAACAUGGCAUGCAUACAACUACGUCGCCUUCCGGAUAGCCGACAUGUUUAAUAUCAACAUGUGGAUGAUUGUACGCUCAGCUUCUAUGAGACUAUCAGACAACUACGAAUGUCUUGGCGGCAAGCCGGGAUAUGCGUAUGAUUGGGUCAGG